AAUCCAGAAUCCAAAGUCCAAGAUUUAAAAUCAAAAAUUCAAAAUCCAGAAUCCAGAAUCCAAAGUCCAAAAUCCAAAAUUCAAAAUCCAAAAUCCAUAAUCCAGAAUCCAAAAUCCAGAAUCCAGAACUCAGAAUCCAGAACUCAGAAUCCAGAAUCCAGAAUUCAGAAUCUAAGAUUUAAAAUCCAAAAUCUAAAAUUCAAAGUUCAAGUUCAAAGUUCAAAAUUUAAAGUCCAAAAUCUAAAAUUCAAAGUUGAAGGUUUAAAAUCCAAAAUCCAAAAUCCAAAGUUCAAAGUCCAAAAUCCAAAAUCGCUAGCUUUAACGUUAUUAAUAUGGGUACUGCGAUUUGUUAUAGGUUGCUCUUGCGUCAUCUACAGCAGCUCGGACAGACCUCAAGGUGGCACGUUCACAUCGCCUUAUUACCCCAAGCCAUAUCCGUCGAACAUCGAUUGCCUCCUUUACACGUUCAUCGGUCAACCCGACGAAAUCGUCAAGCUGACGUUUCACCACUUCAAUAUCCGUCGCGCUCGAUCAGACUGCGCGGGUGGUGACUUUUUAAAAGUGUUUCUACAUUUGGAGGGGAGCGGCGUGUCCGAGUACACCCCCUGGUCGGGAGUGCUUUGCGGGGAUCUACGGGACGUCCCCCAGGUCCUCUACAGUUCGAGGUCCACGCUUAUUUUGGAGUUUCACACCCAGCAAUCUUCGUCCUCUAAUGCGACCGGCUUUUUUGGAAAUUUCCACUUCAUCGAUAGGCGAUUGUUCGAGACGGACGGCGUGUUGAUUCCCGGCACGAUGUGCGACCUCGAGUUUGUCAGCUCGCAAUCAAAACGGCAAUACGGCCGCUUCUACUCGCCACGGUACCCGUCCUCCUACCCAAAGAACAUCCGGUGCUCGUACCUCUUCCGGGCAAGGUUAAAGGAGAGGAUACGUUUAUUUUUCGAAGAAAUUUCUUUACAAAAGGGAGACUUGAGUUGCCUGAAUAGAGCGGAUUUAAUCAGAGUGCACGACGGUACGGAUUCAGGGGCGGCCACAAUAGCUAUGCUGUGCAACCAAGGAGCGGAAGUGGAAGUGCUCAGCACAGGGUCGGACCUGUACGUCGAGUUCGUCGCUAAUUCCGAGUGGCCGGGCCAGGGUUUCAAGGCGAUGUUCCAAUUCCAGCCAUUCGACGAUGCACCGCAUCCUGAGCCGGACAAGGUCGUCCCAGGGGCCGUUACCGGUAACCCCAAGUACUCGGUCAUCGGACCGGCUGUCAGCGCUACCACGUCAUUCUGCGACAUGGUUCUCAACAGCGACACGACGAAGACGGGGGUGGUCACGUCGCCGGGAUAUCCGAAUCCUUAUCCACCGAGGACGCACUGUACGUACGAGUUCCAGGGGCGGGGAAAGGAACGAGUCCAAUUGGUAUUCCACGAUCUCAACUUGUAUCAUACGUCCAACACCGCGAACGAAUGCGAGGGCGUGGACUCGUUGAUGGCGUACGUGCACAUAGACAGAAAGAAGGAGAAAAUAGAUUCGUUCUGCGGCGAGAAACCGGCACGGCCUAUCAUGAGCAACGGACCACGUCUUUCUUUGGAAUUUAACGGCAUCACGUCAUCCCGCCAGUCCCCAGGCUUCAAAGCUGUAUAUACCUUCACGGAAAACUUUGGUAUUACGACAGGCCGACAAGAGGCGCAAUAUCCCUGUGCCUUUGUAUACAACAGCAACGAGACACGAAACGGCACGUUCACGUCGCCCAAUUACCCGGGCUUGUAUCCACGCGACACCGAAUGUCAUUAUUUCUUCAACGGACAGCCGAACGAACGAAUCCAUCUUCAUUUCCAUUUCUUCGACGUGGAGGGUGUGAUGCCGUGCGAGCCAGUGUCCGCGAGCGAUUUCGUCGAAUUUUCGAAUUUCAUGUCGAGGGACCGGAAGUACUCGAGGCAUUGCGGCCAACAAAAGGAAUUCGACGUGAACAGCGACAGAAAGUUCUUUCGCGUGACGUUCAAGAGCAACGAUAGAUACGAUGGGACAGGAUUCAACGCUAGCUACGUGUUCAUGGAUGACGAGGGAAAUUACACGACAAAGCCGCCGACGAGUAACGCGUCAACGUUAAAAGGUGCAACGAUGAUGAUGCUGUUCACGAGUCCCCUUCUUCUUCUUCUCUCUUCCGGCCGAGUUUCACCGCUUUAAUCAGUAAGUUGGACGGGAUGGUCUUGGCUCAAUUUACAACGAACUAUAACUUGGAGAAGACGGGGAGCCAUCCAAAAUCCUCCAUUAUUCGGGGGGCAGCCGAGGAGAGUGGCCGCAUCGUUUGCAUCAACGCGAAAUUGGCGAGGGGAGACACCGAAGUGGAUGGGGAGAUCUUCGAGGGAGGACACAUCCGUGAUUCACUUAUUAUUAUUAGAAACCUUAUCAACGCGACCACCGAUUAUUUCUCGUUCUCUUCCAUCACCGUCGCGUCGUGGAUGGCGAGAAAAGCGAUAUAUCGAGGAGAGAUAUUCGAGAA